AUGGCAAAUUACAAUCAGACGUCCACUGACUUCAUCCUCCUGGGCCUGUUUCCCCCAUCCAGCCUUGGCCUUUUCCUCUUCUCUCUCACCAUCCCCACCUUCCUGAUGGCCCUGACUGGCAAUCUGUGCAUGGUCCUGCUCAUCCUUCUAGACACCGAGCUCCACAAGCCCAUGUACUUCCUGCUCAGUCAGCUCUCCCUCAUGGACCUCAUUUACGUCUGCACCACGGUGCCCAAGAUGGCUUCCGGUUUCCUGUUUGGGAACAAGUCCAUCUCCUUCUUUGGGUGUGGGGUGCAGAUUUUCUUUUUCCUAACUUUAGCAGGUUCAGAAGGACUGCUCCUGAUGUCAAUGUCCUAUGACCGCUAUGUGGCUAUUUGCUUCCCUCUGCACUACCCCAUCCGCAUGAACAGAAGAGUGUGUGUGCUGAUGAUCCUGGGAUCCUGGGCCAUGGGUGUUGUCAACUCCUGUGUUCACACAGUCUAUGUCCUCCACAUCCCUUAUUGCAGGUCCAGAACCAUCAAUCAUUUCUUCUGUGAUAUCACAGCCAUGGUUACUCUGGCCUGUGUGGACACCUGGGUAUAUGAGUAUUCUGUGUUCUUUAGCACCAUCAGCUUUCUCCUGAUCCCUUUCAUGGUCAUCCUGGGUUCCUAUGGGAAAGUGCUCCUUGCUGUCUACCACAUGCGCUCACAGGAAGGCAGGAAGAAGGCCUAUGCCACCUGUAGCACCCACCUUACUGUGGUAACUUUCUACAUUGCACCCUUUGCUUACACUUAUCUCCGCCCAAAGUCCUUCCGCUCCCCCACAGAAGACAAGAUCUUGGCCGUCUUCUACACCAUCCUCACCCCAGUGCUCAACCCUGUGAUCUACAGCCUGAGAAACAAGGAGGUGCUGGGGGCCCUGUGGAGAGUGGCUCAGAGAAUCUGCUCUCAGAAAACGUAG